UGCAAAACGUAUUUUCUCGUUGCGUAACAACUUUCCAUUCGCAAUCAUUCUCUCAAACACUUGGCAUUCACGAAAAUUCGGUGGCCAGAUUGUAUCAAUCAGACCCAAAAUUUCGAAUUUUUUUGCCCCAAUGGACGGCACUGCACUGCACUACACAAGAUCAUGAUCAUGAUCAUGUCAAAAUCUUGCUAUUUACCCUGAAUUCUGUGCUCUCAUCUCACCCUAAAACGACCACCAAUGACGGACCUGAGAUCCGGCGGCCGUAAGCUAUCCUUCGAGGUUCUCGCCACCACCGACUCUUUUUUCGACGACGAUGAAACUUUCUUACUUAGAUCGGAUUCCGGCCCUCCAAUUAAUCAAGGGGAGGGCGUUGUUGCCACCAAGUCUAACCGAAGGAAACGCAAACACAAGGGCUCAAAGAAGAAAAAGAAGGCUAGCGAUGAACUGGAUUUGAAUAAGUGUGGUAAUUCUAAUGGUUUUAUUAUUAAUAGUAAUUGCCGUAGUGUUGAGACGACGACGGCGGUGGUGUAUGAGGAAGCGUUUGUGCCGCCGCAGGAGAAAAGGGUUUACCCGGUGAUUAGUUCGGUUAGGGAGACACCUGAGUUGAGGCAGAGGAGUAGUGUUGCUAGUGUUGGAGUUGGCAGCUCCGGGGAGGAGGCAAUACCAAUGUAUCGGAUUGAUGAGAAUGUCAAGGAGGUGGAUGAUAGCAGUUGGACUGGUUGUGUCACGGCCAAGGAAUUCGACACUGAAUUAAUGAUGAAACAAACGGCUGAGAUGAACGUGAAUGGGCAUCAUGUUGGCAGGAAACUGGAAAAGGAUCAAUCAUUGGAUUGGAAACGACUGAUGGCAGAAAAAGAUCCAAAUCACAAGUUUUUGUUCGAGAGGUCCCCAGUUAAAUACUUCAUGGAAGAAAUGUAUGGUGGAAAUUCGUUAAGGAUGACAACAACCCUUGCCAAUGAGAAAGACCGGGAAAGAGUAUACGACACUAUUUUUCGCAUGCCAUGGCGUUGUGAAUUGCUCAUAGAUGUUGGCUUCUUUGUCUGCUUGGAUUCGUUCCUGUCACUGUUAACGGUCAUGCCAAUUAGGAUUCUCACCACCUCUUGGAGGCUUCUGAAAACAAGGCAGUUUAAGAUGCUUUCAGCAGCAGAGCUUUCUGACUUUGGUUGUUUUCUUAUGCUGGCUUCUGGAGUUAUUCUAUUACAACAGACAGAUAUCAGCCUGAUUUAUCACAUGAUUCGAGGUCAAGGAACAAUCAAACUCUAUGUGGUGUAUAAUGUAUUGGAGAUAUUUGAUAAAUUAUGCCAAAAUUUUGGUGGAGAUGUCUUGCAAACACUAUUCAAUACUGCUGAAGGUCUUGCAAAUUGUUCACCAGAAAAUGUGAGAUACUGGUUAUGGAGGUUCAUCUCUGAUGAAGCGUUAGCUGUGACUUCGUCAAUUGUCCAUUCAUUCAUCUUGUUAGCCCAGGCCAUUACUCUAUCGACCUGUAUAGUUGCCCACAACAAUGCAUUGUUUGCUUUGCUGGUCUCGAACAAUUUCUCGGAGAUCAAGAGCAAUGUUUUCAAACGUUUUAGCAAGGAUAACAUACAAAGUCUGGUAUAUUUUGAUUCAAUUGAAAGGUUCCAUAUUGCAUCUUUUCUCAUUUUUGUCUUGGCUCAGAAUAUUUUGGAAGCAGAAGGUCCAUGGUUUGAGAAUUUUCUUUACAAUGCUCUUGUGGUUUACAUAUGUGAAUUGAUGAUUGAUAUAAUCAAGCAUUCUUUCAUAGCGAAAUUCAAUGAAAUAAAGCCCAUUGUAUACUCUGAAUUUCUUGAAGACCUUUGCAAGCAGACUCUAAAUAUACAGCCAGAGAAUCCAAAGAAAACCCUGACUUUUGUUCCUCUUGCACCAGCUUCAGUGGUGAUUCGAGUGUUGAGUCCAGUUUAUGCAGCACAUAUUCCGUGUGGUCCGUUCCAAUGGAGAAUUGUGUGGGUAUUGAUGUUGUCGGUGAUGACGUUUGUGAUGCUUACAACUCUGAAAGUGAUGAUAGGUAUGGGUCUUCAAAAACAUGCAACUUGGUAUAUUAAAAGGUGCCAAGGGAGAAAACUACACACAGAUUAGCACAAUCAGGUAUAUAGUUUUCACUCGAUAGAGUCAGUCGCAUGAGAGCCUACGUUGAUCAACCUAUAUAUACAUACAUACAUAUAUAUAUAACGCACACAUCAGAAUUGCAGCUUGAGUAGCUGAAGACAUCGAUUACAUGUCUUAUUGGUUGAUUCCAAUUUUGUGAGCAGGGAGAGCAUCGACUGAAUAUGUCAAUAGAGGCUUUAAUUUACCAUACAAAGUAUAUGAUACUACCAAAUUAAUUUGAAUUUUGGUAAAAAAAAGUGUUCUUCAAGGCAAAUUAAGCUGCAUUUGCAUCAUAGCUGAAUAUAUCUCCAAA